AUGACGUUAGAAUCGCACGUGUUUGCAGCAGGGCUUGGUGCGUUAGUACCUUCGCUUGUUCUGUUAAUACUGCUAGAGAAACAAUGGGACCGAGAAUUACCACCUCAAUGCAGUGGCGUCUUAGACCGGAUCUUUUGGCUCCUUCCUGACGCUAUUUACCCGCAUUUGGAGUGCUUGGGCGUCUCUGGACGAGCACUAUAUGUCGACUUUUAUGCAUUUGACUUGCUGCUUUUCCCCUUGAUCUAUUCCACGGCACUAACAGGAAUCUUGCGUCGUCUCUGGCCGGAGCGUUGCUUGGUGUGGACACUACCGGGGAUGGCAGCGUUUUGUGACGUGGCUGAAAACAUGUCCAUCCUACAGCUAUUGAGGGUAUUUCCGGACCGGUGGAAGGCACUCGAGAGUCUCGUGAGUGUCCUGACGAGAUCCAAGUGGGUCUUCAUACUUUCAGCCAAUGUUUUUGUGCUCAUUGGGACUGUAAGAGAGGUGACGUACAGGGUUGUUACUAGAUUUGAAACAAACGAAGAACAAAGAGGAACAACGUACAAGGUAAAAGCUCUCUAG